AUGUCUUGGUCGAGACCCCUGCUUUUCUGUUUGCUGUUCAGCUUUGCUGAGCUAAUUGUAGCUCAAAUAAAAUACUCGACUCCAGAGGAAGUUAAAAUUGGAUCUAAUGUUGGAAAUGUUGCCAAGGAUUUGGGCCUUGAUGUGAGUACAUUGUUAAACAGGCGUUUUCGUAUUGUGGCUGGAGCUCAAGACGCGCUAUUUGAGGUAAACCCGAACAAUGGGGUUUUGUAUGUUGAUAAGAAUAUCGACCGGGAACGUCUGUGCGACAGGAAUGGUCCUUGUUUAAUAGAUCUGAAAAUCGUGGUUGAAAAUCCACUUGAAAUCCAUUAUGUCACAGUGGAAAUAACUGAUGCAAACGACCAUGUACCGACAUUUAUCGAGAGAGAAAAGGUUAUAGAAAUAGCUGAGCAUACAUCGCCAGGAGCACGAUUUCAGUUACCUGUCGCACGAGAUCCAGAUAUCGGAAUUAAUUCAGUCCAGCGCUAUAAACUCAGUCAAAACGAUCAUUUUAAUCUUGAAAUUAGAGAAAGGGGAGAGGACAAAAUCCCUUUCUUGGUGCUGCAGAGGCACUUAGACAGAGAGCAGAAAACAAACCAUAGCUUGGUUUUAACCGCUAUGGAUGGGGGGACACCGCAGAAGUCAGCAAAUAUUAAUCUUACCAUAAAUGUUCUCGAUAUCAAUGAUAACAGACCAACUUUUUCGAAGGAGGUUUAUUCUGUAUUAUUACAAGAAAAUGUUGCUUUGGAUGCGGUUGUAACAAAAGUGCAGGCAACGGAUCUCGACGAGGGAGCUAAUGGGGAUGUCGAAUAUGCAUUUGGAGGCGACAUUAACUCCAAGGUUUUGGAGCUAUUUACUCUAGACAGAAAUACUGGCGAAAUAAAGGUUAAAGGACAAAUUGACUAUGAAGCAGCUGAUGUUUAUAAUUUAGACGUCCAAGCCUCGGACAAAGGUCAGCCUCCGACGACAACAGACUGUAGAGUUAUAAUAAAGAUUCAAGAUGUGAAUGACAAUGAACCAGAAAUAGAGGUGACAUCUAUAUCUAGCAUGGUCCCAGAGGAUUCAAAACAAGGUACCGUGAUCUCUCUUAUUAGUGUUACCGACAUUGAUUCUGGCCUGAAUGGCAAAAUCAAGUGCAGUCUGACAGGAAAUGUACCAUUUGAAUUAAAACCGUCGUUUAAAGAAAACAUGUAUUCAUUAGUGACAAAAGAAAUACUGGACAGGGAAACUGUGUCACAGUAUGACAUUUCAAUAACAGCUACAGAUUGUGGUGAGCCUCCCCUUUCCACUUUCAAAACGUUGAGUAUACAGGUGUCAGAUGUGAAUGAUAACAUCCCAGUGUUCACACACAAUCCUUUGGAAUUAUAUUUGACUGAAAGCAAUGCUCCUGGCAAAUCCAUAUUUUCUGUGAGUGCAUUUGAUAAGGACUUAAACGAAAAUGCUGCAGUGUCCUAUCGUAUAAUUAGAGGAGAACGUGGUCAUAAUGAUAUGGCAUCUUUUUUGAAUAUCAACUCUGAAACUGGAGAUAUUUUGGCGCAAAAAAGCUUUGACUUUGAGACUCUGAAAACGUUCCGGUUCCAAGUUGUCGCCACAGAUUCUGGAACUCCGUCACUAAGCAGCAACGUCACAGUGCACGUGUUCAUUCUGGAUCAGAACGACAACGCUCCAGUCAUCCUGUAUCCGGUCAGCUCUAACGGUUCUGCUGAAGGUGUGGAGGAGAUUCCCCGCAAUGUGAACGCAGGACACUUGGUGACUAAAGUCAGAGCCUAUGACGCUGAUAUAGGAUAUAACGGCUGGUUACUGUUCUCACUGCAGGAAGUUACUGCCCACAGUCUCUUUGGUUUGGACCGCUAUACAGGACAGAUCAGAACACUUCGCUCAUUCACAGAGACAGACGAGGCUGAGCAUAAACUGCUCAUACUGGUGAAAGACAAUGGCAACGUUUCCCUGUCAGCAACAGCUACUGUGGUUGUUAAACUUGUGGAGCCCAGAGAGGCUUUUGCUGCUGCUGAUGUUAAAAGUGCAACCAAGGAUGAUGAGGAUAAUAAUGUGACUUUUUACCUGAUGAUAACUUUGGGCUCAGUCUCAACACUUUUUCUCAUCAGUAUCAUCGUGCUGAUUGCAAUGCAGUGCUCUAAAUCCACAGACUAUACUUCUAAAUAUCUACAAGAGACUAACUAUGAUGGGACACUGUGUCACAGCAUCCAGUACAGAUCUGGAGACAAGCGCUACAUGUUAGUUGGACCCAGAAUGAGUAUAGGAUCUACUAUAGUCCCGGGCAGCCAUGCCAACACACUGGUGCUUCCUGACAGGAGGGGAACAUCUACAGAGUGGAGUUGGAGCCAGCUAGUGGUGGAGGCUAGGCCCACAGUCUAA